AUGGCAGCAGACCGGGGAAGGAACGCCUCUACCAUCGCCUACGUGGUCCUGCUGGGUUUUGGGGACCUCGGGGACGCAGGGAAGGCGCUUUUCUCUCUGUUCCUUGGCCUGUACUUGGUCACCGUGCUGGGCAACCUGCUGCUGAUCCUGGCCGUGCACUCCAGCCCACGCCUGCACACCCCCAUGUACCUCCUCCUGUGCCACCUGUCCUGCGUGGACGUGGGCUACACCAGCAGCAUCACGCCCCAGCUGCUGCAGGAGGUGCUGGCCGGCAGCCUGACCGUCCCCUUCGCCGCCUGCGUGGCGCAGCUGUACGUGGUGGGCGCCCUGCUCACCACCGAGUGCUUCCUGCUGGCCGCCAUGUCCUACGACCGCUACCUGGCCAUCUGCCGGCCACUGCGCUACGCGGUGCUCAUGGACAGCACGGCCUGCGUGCGCCUGGCCACGGGGUCCUGGCUGGGGGGCUUCGCCUUCCUGGGCGCCAUGCUCCUGCUGCUCGCCACCCUCACCUUCUGCGGCCCCCACCUCAUCAACCACUUCUUCUGCGACUUCUUCCCGGUGGUGAAGCUGUCCUGCACGGACACAGCGGCCGUGGAGAGGGUGGCCCUGGCCUCCUCCUUCCUGUCCCUGUCGCCCUUCCUCUGGACCCUGCUGUCCUACAGCUGCAUUCUGACCUCCAUCCUGAGGCUCUCGUCCUCCGCCGGCCGGCGAAAGGCCUUCUCCACCUGCUCCUCGCACCUGAUCGUGGUGAGCGUGUUCUACGGCACCCUCAUCGCCGUGUACAUGACGCCCCCGUCGGAGGCCGCGCUCAGCCUCAACAAGCUCUUCUCGCUGCUCUACACGGUGCUCACGCCGCUGCUGAACCCCCUGGUCUACAGCCUGCGGAACAAGGACGUGCGGGGGGCGCUGCACAGGGUGGCCCGGCUCCACUUCGCGGGGCAUUCCCGGCCCCGGAGGCCGGAGGCCUGA